CCCAUACCCCAUAUCUGACCCCAUAUCUAACCCCAUAUCUGCCCCCAGCACGCAUCGAAGGCCUCUCCAAUCCUUCUUCUAUACUCCACUCCCCACUUGGAACUUUUCUCCACCUGGCUAUUUCGUCUCAAGGAGCUUAGCUAUUCGCAAUGGCCACCGAAAACACUCAUAGCGACUUGGAGAAGAACAACGGCCCCGAGGCCAAGGAGAUCGAAGAGGGACACUUGAAGGAUGAGGUAGCUAAUACCGCCCUCGCUUCUUCCGCCCCCGAGCGAAAUUUGCUAUGGAGGCAAGACAAGCGCAUCGUGCCCCUGGCCGCGGGUAUCUACUUCCUCUGCUAUUUAGACCGUUCCAACAUCGGCAACGCCAAAGUCCUCAAUUCAGCGAGCCAUAAUGAUAUGCAGUCCGAGACUGAUACUUCGAAUUACGAGUUCAACAUCGCGCUCAUGAUCUUCCUGAUCGGCUACUUCUUAUUCGAAGUCCCGUCAAAUAUUCUACUCAAGAAGCUUCGCCCGUCUAGAUGGCUUGCCUUCCUUAUGUGUUCUUGGGGUGUUAUUACCAUUGGCAUGGGCGGUGUCCACAACUAUGCCCAGAUGACCGGCGUCCGUUUCCUACUAGGCGCCUUCGAAGCCGGUCUUUUCCCCGGGCUAGUGUAUUAUUUAACAUUUUGGUAUAAGAGCGACGAGCGUAGUGUUCGAGUAGCUUUCAUCCUCGCAAGCGCCACUCUUGCCGGUGCCUUCGGCGGAGCAAUCGCUUAUGGAGUCGGCCACAUGAACCAGACGCGCGGCUUGUCUGCUUGGAGGUGGCUUUUUAUGCUCGAAGGUAUCCCUUCAUGUCUAUCAGGAAUUCUCGUAUGGUUCUUCCUACCAGACUACCCGGAGAGAGCUUCCUGGCUCUCAGAAACCGAGAAGGAUUUGGCCGCGCAGCGAUUGUAUCUUGAAGGCGCUAAAGGCUCAGCUUCUUCUAUGACAUGGAGCGAUGUCAAAGACACGCUUACAGACUGGCGGCUAUGCGGGCACUACGCUAUCUACUUCGCGGUCUCAUUGCCAUUUAGUUCUCUCUCAUUAUUCUCACCUUCGAUCGUCGCUGGUCUAGGCUUCCACGAUCUAGAGGCUCAAUUAAUGACAGUGCCUCCAUGGGCCGCUGCUUAUGUAUUCCAAAUUCUCCUCUCAUGGUCGGCGGAUCAUUUUAACGCUAGAGGUUAUCAUUGUGCUAUUGCCUCAUUAAUCGGUGCAGCGGGCUUCCUGGCUUCUGCUGUGCUACCGCCCGAUGCUUACACUCAUCGAUAUGGCUGCUUGAUCGUCGGGACCGCUGGAGCGUUCGGAUGCAUUCCGCCGAUGCUUGGCUGGCUGACCUCGAACAUGUGGAGCACGGCGUCCAUUGGAUUAGCCGUGGCGCUCAAUGUCAGUAUUGGCGCGGGUCUCGGACAGAUUCCAGGAGUAUGGAUAUACAAGGCCGAGGAAGCAUCGAAAGGCUACCCAACUGGUCAUGGUGUGAACUGUGCCAUGCUUUUCUUCGUAGCUUUUGGUGCUCUCGGAUUGAGAUACUACUACGGGCGAAAGAAUCGCACUCUACUAAAUGGAGCCGCUGAGGGCGUAACUCCCAGACUAUACAAGUUGUGAUGUGCGCUUAUGAAAUACUGUUAGCUGUUUAUUUCAUUUUGAACGUUAGUGGUAGCUCUCAGAUUAGUAUGAGGGAGUAUAUUUAUAUCAUUUUUAAUCGUAGGAACCUUGCACCAAGAGAAUAUAUAGGCAUCUAAAUUAAUUUCCUCAGAAAAUCUAGACCAUAAGCUACCUUGGGUACC